CAUACUCAAACGUUGUAUGUCUUGAAAUGUACUGUAUCCAACAGAAUUAGAGUUUCUUGUGUUGUACUGUCUGCAUGCGCUGCAACAAGAUCACUACAGAUCAUUUGUAUAUUUACGUACUCUUCUGACACUCUUCGUACUGAAGAAGGCACAGAACAUUUUACUGUAUCUGUAUUUUCCGUUGACGACGACUCCCAUGCAUCGUUGGCGUUCUUACUAACGAUAAAUACUAAGUCGCUAUAUAGUAUUAACAUCUGAGGACUAUGGUUUUUAGCAUAUUCACUUCGCAUACAUAAUUGGAUUUCACCUUUGCUAUCUUAAAACUUGGACUUUCAGUUUCUUUUUUUCCAAAUCCUUGCAGCAUGCCUACUCGCAUCCCCAUUAACGAGGAUCAGAUUCGAGUGAGUUCCGUGGCGGGUCAUGACAAUAAUCAGUUUGGAAAAGAACGCAUUGUUGAUGGAAAUUCGGCAACGUACUGGCUGAGUGAAAAGAUGCAAGGUGCGGCACAGUGGAUUAUCGUUAAAUUCCACGACAAGGUCAAGCUGGACGAAGUUCGCAUCCAGUUUGAGCCUGGACUGUCUGCUAAAUCGAUGUCCGUGAGAAAUAUGGAUCCAUAUGAAAAAGAGCUGGAAAUGUUUUUCCCAGAUGACACCAACUCACUACAGGUCAUUCCCAUACCACACAGUCCUUCGGUGCACAAUAUCAAAAUUGCUUUCGAUUGCUCUACGGACUUUUUUGGACGAAUAGCGGUCAAAUCAUUAGAGUUUUACGGUGCUUAAGAUUUUAAACGUGCGAGUAAAUGAUUUCAAAUACGUAGAUUGUGGAUGAGUCACACAACUCACAAGUCACAACUGCUCGCAAGCAUUAGCUAACAAUUUCAGUCAGACAAUUCGUCAUGCGAUUGUUUGCUGCGCUAUGCCAUCGGCAAGCAUUUAAUUAACCUGUUGGACCAUAUUGCCUAAAAUGGCAGUUCUUAAUCAGUAUGUUGUUUAGCGUAGUUUCAAGUGGUUUCUGAUGUUGUUAACCAUAACUGAAGUCUGAAAUAAUUAUAUAGUUAAACGACUGCAGUCAAAAUAAAAUUUUAG